AUCAGCGGAUCAUCAGAUUAACGUUCUUAAAACGAUUCGCGUAUACACUAAAACCGUUAGCCGUGCACACAGCAACGCCAAUACACGGAUACGCUAAUCACAUGACUUUAGACGGCACGUAACAUGAUCCCAGUGCAUUUCAGACGGCGCGUAACAUGAUCCCAGUGCAUUUAAAGGGCAUGCGCAAGGCUCACCACUUGCAAGUAGAAGGAUGGCAAGCCUAAAGACCUUUUUUUCAUGGACGGACGACGAGGUCCAAUUGUUACUAAACGUAACAUUGGAUUAUAAAACAACGGUGUCGGGUCAGGGUGUGGACUGGGAAAGUGUCCAAACAAAAUAUGGGGACAUACGGGGCCGUUUUUUGGACCACUACCCCUCGCCAGAGGAUGCCCGCGCAAGUGGGAAAGACUUCCCUCACGCGAAGGAGGAGAUCUCAAAAGCUCAAGUGACAUCGAAGCUUAAGGCUAUACGCACGAAGUACAGACGGGCUGUGGAUGCUGGGCGAAGGAGUGGUUGCGGCCGAGUGGUUCUCCUCUUCUUUGAAUUGUGUGAGGCCAUUUGGGGGGGAUUGGCUGGCACCUGCUCCCUUCCUGGAGGAAUAGAGACAGCAGACCUUCGUGCGGACCGACCUUCUGAGGCAACAAGCUCCACAUCAAGCUCCACGACAGAAGGUGGCGCUGACUGUGAUGAGGAUGAGGAUGAGGUGGGUAGCCAGGUGCUGAGUGGGCAGACGGUUGCGAGGUGUCGCACUCAACUGGCCACAAUGAUGGAGUCGCACCGCACAGACCGGCUGAAGAGGAAGAUAUCACCACUUGUCAUUGCUCAGGAGGAACUGGAGCUAAAGCGUCGAAUGUUCCAGCGGCUGGAGGAGACUGACCGUGAGUUCGUCGGCGCCAUGAACCGCAUGGCCACAUCAGUUGAAAUGCUGGUGCAGCACAUGGUCAGUGGCUCCAGCCACAGGAGGCUUCAUUCACCACAGCACAGCACACCACACCAUGCCUCCUUAUAUUACAGCACACCACGUCACGGGACCUCAUACUACAGUGACACACAGGAUGGCAUGCCAUAUCUCAGUUAUGGGCAUCUGUAAAUUUUGUUAAUUUUAUUAAUUUUAAUAUAUAUAACUGUAAAUUU